AUGCGAAGAGUGGUAGUCACCGGUUUAGGCGCGGUCACGCCGCUGGGAGUUGGCAUCCGCAGAACAUGGUCGCGCCUCAUCGACGGUCACUGUGGCGUUGUCUCCGUCAAGGAUCGCGGUCCUCGGUUUGCGGCACUGCCGAGUCAGGUCGCCGCAGUCGUUCCAUCCGGGCCUAAGGAGGACGGAGGGUGGACGGCAAAAGAAUGGCUCCAACCAGGUGAUGAGCGCAAGAUGGCCCUCUUUGCCCAGUAUGCCAUGGCAGCCUCACACGAGGCGCUUGAGGAUGCUGCGUGGCACCCAAAGGCUGAACAGGAUUUGGAGGCUACCGGUGUCUACAUCGGAUCUGGCAUUGGGAGCUUUGAUGAUGUGUACGAGACAUCCAUCGCCUACGAUAAAGGCGGCUACAAGAAAGUCUCGCCAUUAUUCGUGCCCCGACUGCUCAUUAAUCUCGCUGCUGGACAUAUCUCGAUGCGCUUUGGGCUGAAGGGCCCGAACCACGCAGCAACAACAGCUUGCACAACCGGUGCCCACGCAAUUGGCGAUGCCGCUCGCUUCAUUGCCUAUGGUGAUGCAGACGUCAUGAUUGCGGGCGGCGCCGAGUCCUGCAUCCACCCUCUGGCAAUUGCAGGUUUUGCUCGUGCAAGAAGUCUUGCCACGGACUGGAAUGACACGCCUCAUCUUGCUUCUAGGCCAUUUGACAAGGACAGGGCCGGCUUCGUGAUUGGGGAGGGUGCCGGUGUGCUUGUCCUCGAGGAACUUGAGCACGCGAAAGCUCGAGGUGCCCGAAUCUAUGCAGAGCUUAAAGGCUAUGGUCUUUCUGCAGAUGCCCACCAUAUGACUGCUCCUCGAGAAGACGGAGAGGGCCCGUUUCUUGCCAUGAAGCGAGCUCUGAAGCAUGCAAAACUCCCACCGAGCGCAGUUGAUUAUGUCAAUGCCCACGCAACAUCGACAGUCCUGGGCGAUGCGGCCGAGAACAUGGCCAUCAAAACGCUUCUCUUGGGAGACCAAGGGCGGCAGAGAGCGGCAGAUGUAAACGUCAGCAGCACGAAGGGAGCUAUAGGCCAUCUGCUCGGCGCCGCUGGAUCCGUCGAGGCAAUCUUCACGAUUCUUGCCCUUCACCAUGGCAUCCUCCCUCCAACGUUGAAUUUGGAAACAGCCGGGGACCCACCGGAAGAAUUUGACUGCAACUACGUUCCGAAGCAGGCACAGAAACGGGAAAUCACGGUCGCUUUGUCGAAUUCGUUCGGAUUCGGAGGGACCAAUGCAAGCCUGUGCUUUAGCAAAUGGCAAUAG